UUCGAGAAUCGCAAUGAGGAUUCUGAAACUUCUAGUGGUGUUCCUUAUAUUUAACGUGGUUGGAGCAUAUUCUGCCCUUCGACAUAAGAAUUCAGGUGCACGGAAUCGGUGGAUGCGAGACGACGAAAAUGCCCAAGGUCUCAUGGGUGGCUCAAUUGGAAUGGUUAUCAAGAAACCAGUAAGUGGUCCCGCAGCGAAGAACGGUGGGAAAUCAUAAUUUUGGACUUUAAUGAAGAUUUAUGAGCAUUUU